AGGGUGGAAAGUGCGGAUCCCAGAGGUGCCUCCCACCCGGGAAACCCGCAGCGGCUUUAGCCGGUGAGGUUCCCCCGACGCUCCAAGAAGGAAAGACCCGGGGGUGCACAGAGGUGCCGGGGGGCGGGGGAGGGUCGGCCCCACCCCCCCCAGCCCCGCAGUCCAGCCUAGCUUUGCGCCCCCUCGGUUUCCAGGCAACGGCCGAACGCGGGCGCCGGGCAGCCUGCGGCGGGCUGACUGGGACCAGACCCCUCGGGGGGCGGGACCGAGCACUGCGGCCGGAUGGAGGACGAGGAGGAGGAGAUCACCGCCGCCACGCUGCGGGGCAAGCCCCGGCCGCCGCCCAUCUCCGCGCAGUCCGCCUUCAGCUACGUCCCGCCGCGGCGCCAGGACCCCAAGGAGUACAGCUACUACUACCGCCAGGGCAGGACCGGAAUCAUUUCCCUCUAUGACUGUGUUUUUAAGAGGAACCCAGGUUAUAAUCAGAAAUUGCACCGAGACGACAGAGAACAUGCAAAAAGCCUGGGACUUCAUGUUAACGAGGAGGAGCGCGAGAGGCCAGUGUGUGUGCUGACGUCUUCUGUCUAUGGGUGGCGCAUCCACCAGCCUGUGGAGCCCCCGAACCGGGAUCACUGCCGCGCCGGCCACGUGAAGGCCGACUUCUACCGGAAGAACGACAUCCCCAGCAUCAAGGCUCCCGGCUUCGGUCACAUUUCUCCGGCCUGACGCCCUCGCAUGGCCCGAAGGGCGCGGGCGAGAGGGAUGGCACUGGGGGGGG